AUGCGGGCGAGGCUUGUGGCCUUAGGCUCAAGCUCGCAUCAGCCAAGACUUACGUCGCACUUCGGCGGGACAUCACUAGGCAGGAGCUUUAACGACGACUUACGGACGGCGUAUUUGGGUCGAGGUGAAGAACCACAGAGAAUGUCUCAAUCACUUCGACCGUACCUACAAUGUGUUCGGUCAUCCCUAACGGCAGCUCUGUCUCUGUCCAACUUCGCUUCGCAAGUUUCGGAAAGACAUAAUGUACCUGAAAUCGAAGCUGCGAGCUCGCCAGAGGUUCUUCUAAAUCCUCUGACUGUGUCCCGGAAUGACAAUGAGAAAGUCUUGAUCGAGCCAAGUAUCAACAGCGUCCGCAUUAGUAUCAAGAUCAAGCAGGCCGAUGAGAUCGAGCACAUUCUUGUGCAUAAGUUCACGCGUUUCUUAACUCAGAGAGCGGAAGCUUUUUUCAUCUUGAGACGAAAACCGAUUAAGGGCUAUGAUAUUUCAUUCCUGAUUACGAACUAUCACACUGAGGAGAUGUUGAAGCACAAACUAGUUGACUUUAUCAUUCAAUUCAUGGAGGAAGUUGACAAGGAGAUCUCAGAGAUGAAACUCUUCUUGAACGCCCGGGCAAGAUUCGUUGCGGAAUCGUUUUUGACUCCAUUUGACUGACAAGCUCCGCCGCACUUCAAUGUGUUGGUCCCACUAAGGACGCAAAUCUUGCGUCUGACUACUGAGAACUGGGGUUCGUUGCUACUUUCGGCAUCAAGAUGGACAUCAGGUCGCCAAAACACAUUACUGACCAUGAGAUGCUUCAUGAAAGAACGAAGUAGACAAGGAAAUCUAUGAUUAAUAAACAUAUACUCCAAACCUUGCGCCUUACUCCACACCCCAAACACCAAGCACGUCCUUUGCGCCAAAACAUCUUCUUUUCUCCAAUGUUUUUACCCUUUGUACCAGGAGGCCAACAGCAAUCGGCCCUAUAAUUGUACACACAACAAUUGCCCAUGUCACAACGAGAAAGACCUGAUCGUCUCCAGACAUGGAGAAAAUACCGUUGCUAUCAGCUAGUGAUGAUAUCAGAAAGCCGACUUCGCCUCUUGCAACCAUUGCGAAACCAAGGAUGGUUGCUGGGUACAACGAAUAGGGCCUUACUGCAGGAGCU